AUGAUGACUGAUGAAAGUAAUGUUGAAUUUCCUGUAAUGGUAAAAAAACGUCGUGGAGCUGUAUCAUCUAAAUCAUCGUCAGGGACAACUACAACAACUCCAUAUGUUCGAGAGAUUGUUCAAAAAGAUUAUGCUACAAUGUGUGCAUUAUCAGAAGCAAUUAAAAAAAAUAUUCUAUUUAGUCAUUUGGAUGAAAAUGAACGUGCACAAAUAUUCGAUGCCAUGUUUCCUGAAAUUCAUUUAGCUGGUGAUACAAUUAUUCAACAAGGUGAAAAGGGUGAAAAUUUCUAUAUUAUUGAUAAAGGUGAAGUAGAUGUUUAUGUGAAUGAUGAACUUGUUACAAGUAUUGGUGAAUGUUCAAGUUUUGGUGAAUUAGCACUUAUUUAUGGUACACCACGAGCAGCAACAGUUAAAGCUAAAACAGAUGUUAAACUUUGGUCAUUAUUAGGAGAAACUUAUCGAAGAAUAUUAAUGGAUUCAACUAUAAAAAAAAGAAAAAUGUAUGAAGAAUUUUUAAGUAAAGUUUCAAUAUUACAAACACUUGAUGAAUGGGAGCGUCUAACAGUAGCGGAUUCANUUUUACGGGCUUUCAUUUGGUAUAAAAUUCAUUAG